AUGCUUGUCUCUGUGUGCAUUGUGGAAUAUUUAGAUCCCAACGUACGACAAUACGCUUUCUCGUUUAUUUCCAGCGUUGGAUCUCAGGUUGGCGUAACAUUGGGACAUGUACUAUGCCUUCUUAUGGAUUGGAGAUAUGUUGCGUUAAUAGGUUUGGUACCUACAGGGAUAUCUUGCUUGAUUCCUUUAUUUUGGACCGAAAGUCCGUCCUGGCUGGCGACACACGGUAGAUUUGAAGAAUCUGAAGAGGCUUUCUGGACAUUACACGCUCAAAGUGAUAUAAGAGAAUCUGAGCUUCGGGAACUAAUCUCGCACGAGAAACAGAAGAAAAGAGAGUUUUUGAUGCAGACUAAUACGAAUAGUGCAUUCGUAAAAUUUUUGUUUGCAUGUAAAGAGGUAUAUUACUGGCGAAUCAUUAUUAUUGGUGUUAUUAUUGGAGCAUAUAGAGCUGCGGCUGGUCGUAUUUUGCUAUUUACAUUAGCUUUAACAUUGAUACAAGAAAUAACAGGAGAUAGCGAUAUUUUGUUAUAUACUAUAGUCGUCGACGGGUUUGGGAUAUUUGGUGCAGCAUUAUCGUGCUUUUUGGUAAAGAGAUUUUCGAUAAGAAGACUCUUGCUCGUUUCUGGGUCUAUAGCAAAUAUUUUACUAUUGCUAGUGAGUGCAUCGUUAUACUUUGUGCCAAAUGAAGAAUGGUAUCCUUGGAUAAAAAUUCUUCUUAUAGCAUGUUAUUGUAUAAUCAUUAAUGCCGGACCAUACCCCGUCUUGGACAUAGUUCUGGCUGAAAUACAUCCUUUGGAUAUAAAGGAAUUUAGUAUUUUUCUAAUUGGAGGGCUUACGCACAACGGACCAACCUCGAGUCUAAUUGCGGAGAAAGGAGUCCUUCAACCCUAA